AGAAGAUGUGUUUUUAACAAAUAAAAAUUUAUUAGGGUUACAUUUGAAAAAAAUGCUUCAGGCCACCAAAAUGUUUGGGACGGCACUGUGUGCACUUUUAUCCAUUUCAACUAUAGCUAAAAAAGUUUCUGGAUAUUUAUAAUUUAUAAAACUAUAAAUUCUGAAUACAUUUUAUAGAUUUAAUUAACUUGUCAAUAAAGAAUUCAGUAUUUUAAAUUUAUUUUUCUGAAAGUUAAAUUUACUUGGAUGUACCUGGCAAGUACCGCCUAUGUACUCUCUCUCCCUUAUGCGCUCGUCAUAGUCUUUCCAUGUGUUCUGUCUCUAUAUAAUCCCUCUCUUCUCACUCACUCUCUCUCUAGCUUCGAAUUUUAUCUCUCUUCAAAAACCCCCCGGAGAAACAAGAAAAAUGAAGCAUCUGAUCCGCCGCCUCUCUCGCGUCGCCGACUCAUCCACCGAGUUCUCCCUCCGCAGAUCCACCUUCUCCUUCCGCACCCGCCGCGGCCAUCACCGUCUCCACGCGCAGCCGCCGUGGUCGAUUUGUCAGGCGAGACGAGUCAACACCGUCCCCGCAGGCCACGUACCCGUCUACGUCGGCGAAGAGAUGGAGAGGUUUAUCGUGAGCGCGGAGCUCCUGAACCAUCCGGUCUUCGUCGGACUUCUCAACAGAUCCGCUCAGGAGUACGGUUACGCUCAGAAGGGAGUCCUCCACAUCCCCUGCCACGUCAUCGUGUUCGAGCGCGUGGUGGAAACGCUCCGGUUAGGAUUCAACGAAUCCGGCGAGGUGCAGGAGCUCGUGGCGUCGUUGCUCUCCGGAGAUGAGGUGAUACCUGGAACUACAGAGUAGCUCUGAAAGCAUCCAAACUGCUGAUGGUGUUUUCUCAGCUUUAAAAAAAAAAAACAAUUACAUCUUCAUUUCCACGGUUUUGUAAAUAUAAUUCAAGUUUUUAUCUGUUUUUAUCGAAAAACAUAACUUUCGUUUA